CGGAGGGAGAGCGGCCGGCCGCGCGCGGCCUCGGCCCGCCUGCCUAGGCCACGAAGGCCGGGUGGAUCAAAGGCCGGGCUUUGAGCCUGGCCUUCGCAGACCUCGUUUUCGGGGGUGCCCCUAAAACCAUCUGUCAUCCUGAGGGGGUUACAGCUGUCAAGGGCUGGUUGUGAGUUGCUGACUUAAAGGCUUGACGUGGAAUGAUGAGUGCGUGGUCUUUCCUGCCACCCCUUUAACACUCUUACUAAGGACACCCCCUGCUCAGGUAGAAAAAGGUGUGCACUUAAUUAAAUGAUGUGCACUUAAUUUGGGAGAUGGAAGGGAAAAGUGUAUCCCACCGGGUGGUGGGAGAGAGGCCAUAGUGCUGCUAGUGCUGUGGGGCUGCAAACCACUGCCACUCGUGCCUUUGCAAAGCAUAGCUGGGGAAGUAGGGAGCAGUAUUACAACAGUAACUUAAAUGCUUUUUGGAGGACAGAACCCUAACUGGAGACCACAUCAGAAUCUAAAGAGUUGGGGCCAUGGCUAUUGACUGGAUUGGUUUUGCAUACGCUGCAUUGCUGGCUGUUGGAGGUGUCGUAGGAUACACUCGUAAAGGAAGUAAAAUCUCUUUAGCUGCUGGUCUCACCUUUGGUUCUGUGGCUGGUUAUGGAGCUUACUGCGUAACACGUGAUCCGAGAAAUGUGAAGAUAUCAUUGUUUUCAGCUUUUCUUUUGACCAUUAUAAUGGGAAUGAGGUUCAAGAGGUCCAAGAAAUUAAUGCCAGCCGGACUAGUAGCAUGCCUGAGCCUUUUGAUGAUUUUGAGGCUUGUUUUCAUGCUGCUGUAGGAGAAUUGAGCAACUUGGAGCCCAAGCAUGACUGCCACGCCCACUGAACAAACAGGCAAGCUCUCUGUACUUGAAAGACAAGCUUGAACACAAGUCUUACAUUGCAUUUGUCUUUUCUGUAAAAGAUUUGUAGCUGGUGUUUGAUUAUUGACAUUUGCUGAUAUUUUGCAAGCUUUUUUUUUUAAAACUAAACUUUUGUUGAGGAUAUAUUUUGAUCUGUUUAAGCAGCCUGUUAACUCAAAGAAUCUUUCUUUCUAAGUUUAAUCUCUUUCAGGGGUGCUGAGCACCCCAAGAAAUUGAGUUUGUCUUGCACUAUAUCUCUGAGAGAAGAAUACAUAUAAAUACAUGUUUAUGCUAAAAAGGCAUAUUGUAUUGAACCAUAAUUUUGUAGCUUCUGAGAUUAAGUAAUCAACUCUAAUCAUAUUGUCAAUUACUAAUCAAUAAAGGUACAGGCCUGUACUGUGUUGCACUAGAAAACCGACCUUCCCUUCAAACACACAUAUCUUGUUUCAGUGGUUGUAAAUGUAAAAACUAUUACCAGUGUUCAAAUAAAAUGUAAACUGUUCAAA